CUGGAAGGGGUGGUUUUUUUGUAAUUUUCAGACUUAGUUGAAACGGUGUUUCAAAUGUUUGAAAACUAACGGCUAGGGACACAUCAUUGUGAUAAUUUUUCAAGUAUACGGGGGCAAAUCGAUACAAUCGAGAGUAGAAGGGGGUAAAGUGAUACCAAGCCAAAGUAAGGGGGAAAGUGGAAUUUACCCAAUCUUUUAAGCGUUGAAAUAGAAACACUCAUUUGAAGUCACUAACGAAUGUCUAAGGUUGAACCUUGAAAUUUUUUUUUCCUUUACUGCAUGAGAAAUUUAGCAUCGAUCUUUGCCAAGUCCUCGUAUCGCUCCACCUUCACCCAUAAUCGCAUCUCUUCUACCCAAAAACUUCAUUUCUCAGCCAGCUCCAAUGGCGAACAAAUCAAACACCAUAACUGCAUUGCGACUCUGCUCCAAAACCCCGCCGAAAUCAGUUCACUCAAAGAAGCAAAAUCAUUACACGCACUCGUCAUCACAGUGGGCUCGUUUCCCGCACAAGAACCCGUUUUCCUCCACAACAAUAUCAUCUCAAAGUAUGCGUCCUUCGGCGAAAUUUUCAUGGCUCGCAAGGUGUUUGAUGAAAUGCCUCAGAGGAAUGUUGUAUCGUAUAAUACCAUGAUUACUUGUUACAGUCGAGAUGGGUUUUUGCAGGAGGCUUUGGAACUGUUUUUGGAAAUGAAAAGGUACGGUUUUAAGCCGACGCAAUUCACAUUUGGCGGCUUAUUAUCGUGUCAUUUGUUGGAUGCCCUUGAAGGAAUGCAGUUGCACGCUUUGAUUGAAAAGACGGGGCUGUUUUAUUUAGACGCUUUUGCUGGAACUGCAUUGUUGGGAAUGUACGGGAGAUAUGGAUGUUUAGAUGAAGCUCUCGGAAUAUUUGAUUACAUGCCUAAAAAGAAUUUGGUGACGUGGAAUAGCAUGAUAUCUGUAUUAAGUGAGAUGGGUUAUUUGGAAGAUUGCAUUUUUAUGUUAUCGGAGAUGAUAAUGAGUCGAGUUGGAAUAUCGGAAUACACUGUCGUGAGCGUUUUAACUUGUUUGGAAGAAGUUAAUAUGCAAUUAGGAGAGCAAGUACACGGGCUAGUGAUAAAGUAUGGAUUCGAUAACGUAACUUCGGUGCACAACUGUCUGAUUAACAUGUACGCGAAAUGUGUCACCACUUCGUCGGCGGAGAAAAUGUUUGAGAGUGCUCAUGUUAAGGAUAUUGUCUCGUGGAACACACUAAUUGGUGCAAUGGCAAAUAGCGAUCGACCAAUCAGAGCACUUGAUUUCUUCUUGAAAAUGUGUAGGACUGGAUUAUCACCUAAUGAAAGAACAUUCGCCAACGUGCUCACCGCUUGUUCGAGGCUGCAACUUUUAUCGUAUGGAGAAUGCAUCCAUGCGAAUUUGAUUAAGAAACGAUACGAGUCUGAUGUGUACAGCGGCACCGUUUUGGUUAAUUUCUACGCGAAAUGUGAUAAACUGCAAGAAGCGCGUGUCUGUUUCGAUUGUAUAACUCAGAAAAAUCUUGUUUCUUGGAAUUCGUUAAUGCUGGGGUAUUCGAGCAUGGGUUCUUCUUCAAUUUCCGUAACGCUGCUUCGAGAAAUGAUUCAGUCAGGCUAUCACCCGAACGAGCUGUCGUUUUCGAUCGUUAUUAAAUCGUCAUUAAGAACGGAGUUGCUACAGCUUCAUUCGCUGACAAUAAAAAAGGGUUACCACGAGAAUAGUUACGUGUCGAGUUCUCUUAUAAGCUCUUACGCAAGAAACGGUCUGGUAUCCGAAGCUUUGACAUUUGUCGGAUCUGCGCAGACAAAGUCUUGUGUUGUUUCAUCCAAUAUUAUUGCGUGGAUUUAUAACCGAACCGGACAGUACGAAAAAACCCAAGAAUUCUAUGCCGAUAUAGAGAAUCCAGACGCGGUAUCUUGGAAUAUUCUGAUUGCAGCUUGUUCGCGAAACUGUUAUUAUAAAGAGACUUUCGAACUCUUUGAUCACAUGCGCAGAUCUCCAAUCUGUCCCGACAAUUACUCUUACGUGAGCCUCUUCAGUGUUUGUACCAAAUUGUGUAACCUCGCUUUAGGCAGUUCUCUUCACAGUCAUAUUCUCAAGACUAGUUAUAAGUUACGCGAUACGUUUGUUUGCAACACCAUGAUUGACAUGUACGGGAAAUGUGGAAGCAUCGAGAGUUCGAUUAAAAUAUUUUACGAGACGACAGAAAAGAACAUUAUUUCUUGGACCGCUCUUAUCUCGACCCUCGGACUGCAUGGCCAUGCAAAUGAAGCGUUGGAAAGAUUUAAAGAGAUGGUGAAAACGGGUAUCGAGCCCGAUAAAGUUGCGUUUUCAAGUGUUCUCUCGGCUUGUAGACACGGUGGAUUGGUUAAACAGGGGAUGAAUUUGUAUAGAGAAAUGAAAGUGAAGUACGGAGUUGAACCGGAUAUUGACCAUUACGUCCUUGUUGUCGAUUUAUUGACGAGAUACGGACAUAUAAAAGAAGCGGAGCAACUCAUUUUGGAGAUGCCUAUUGCACCGAAUGCGCUGAUAUGGCGUUGUUUUCUUGACGGCUGUAAGAAACAAAGAACCGUAGAAAGUCUUGUUUUUUCACCGUAGAGUAAGUGUUUGUGCACAGCUGAUUAUUUACGAAUAUUGUCUUCGAUGUAGUUAUGGAUUAUUUUAAAAUGUUUCUUCAUCGAUGAAAA